CGAAGUUGCUGAAGGUUGAAGAGGUAAACAGCAAUCGAAAGAAGAUUAUUUAAAAGGACUCGAACUUCUCUGCACGGUUCUUUGGUGCUUUUGAAUAGAGAAGAAAAGACUGAUUAGGAAUGAUACUAUUCAAUGGUUGAUUUUAAUAAGAUACAAAAAGUCUACAUCAAGAAGGUUGUUCCUGUGAUACUUUGCUUGCUAUUUGGGUAUCUUGAUUAUGCUGUAUGUUAUGUGUUAGGGUAUGAAGAGGUGUAUAGACAUCAUAGCAGAGGUGCUGCUAUCGUGCAAUGGGUUUUAUUGGGAUUUUUUCAAUUUUCACUAUACUUUUAUUGGUUGCUAAUUAUGAUCAAAGGCCCAGGUGGAAACUUGAAAAUCAAACCGUUUGAUAUUUACGAUACCGACCAAGGGGACUUGACACCAGUACCCGAUUAUUUCAUAUGUGAUGAGAAUGGGUUUCCGUUCUGGUGUUCAACCUGUCAGUCGAUAAAGCCUCCUCGUUCUGUUCAUCUGGGAGACUUGAAUUAUUGUGUACCAAAGUUGGAUCAUUAUUGUAUUUGGAUAGGUACAGUGGUUGGCCAAUCUAAUUACUUAUUAUUCAUCAAGUUUUUGCAAUUUAUUAAUGCAUUUUCAAUCGUAUCUUUGGUGUAUUUAGGUUGUUUCCUUCAUCCUCACUUUGCAAGGCAUUCUUAUUCGGUUAACUUGAAUUAUGUUGCAUCCAUAAUCAUAUGUGCAUUCAUAUUAAUCAUGGGUAUGACUCUUUUAGGUGCACAUUUAAAAUACAUUUGUUUGAAUAUGACCACGGUUGACGAUUUACGAGUAAACCUGAUGAAACGGUACCAGAGAUGGAAGCAAAGGUAUCAUAAACAAAAAGAUAAGGGCAAAGAUGUCACCAAAAUGAAGAAGCGGAUGCCUCGUAAAGAAACAGGUAAGCUGUUUGUCAAUUUGAAAUAUCAAAAUUCACGAGUAGUUGUGGAGUAUUAUCUCAAAGAUAGGCCCUACAAUUUCGGUUUCAAAAAGAACCUUAUAAAUUUAAUCAUGAACCACAAUCUAAAUUCUGGUUCAAUGACACAAGAGACUUUCCUCUAUUCCAAUUUUAAUUUUGCUAAAGCUAUUCUAGUUUUCACAAUCCCUUAUUACGACAUACCUUUCAUUCUUUCGCAAAAAUCAAUACCCAAUCCUGACACUGUAAAAGAACAUUUUUUAUCAUAUGGUGACAAUUGCGAUGGAUUAAGUAAUGAAUUCUUACACUAUUUAAUAACGAGAAUAGAUGAAGGUAAAUAUUCUAUUCCAAAAUAUCUCCAAGCACAAGCGUCUGCAACCCAGGAAGCUGUUCUGACAGUUGAUAAUUUUACACCAAAUAGCUCAGACAAACAAAAUGAUUCACUGCCCGAAAGCUUUCAUGAAGCAAAUACAACGAUGCCUGAUCACGUAUAAAUAACUUCAAUAAAGUUCUCAUUAUCAAGAUCACAUGUGGGAGAUUAACAACCCAAGAAGUUCCCGCUACUUUUAGUACAAGAAAAAGAAUAGCCAUAGCUAAUUGUCAAAUGUUAAUUGUGGCUGAUUUUUUUGUAUUUGAUUGGCUUAAACAGUCUUCCUUGCAUAUUUGCACGCUAUUAUAAACAUAGUCCAAUUAACUGUUAUUUUUCAACAGUUUUUCACCUAACAUGAUAUUUAGAAUAAAUAAUCUGCUUUUAG